AUGUCAGUCUUUACGGUCACUAUAUUCGUACUAUCACUAGUUCUCCAUAGUCUGGCUGAGAAUUUUUGCAGGCAGGAUCUCUGUUCCAAAGGAACCACCCAUAUAGCGUGUCAGAAUGUAAACGGAUCCUUUGGUAGCUCUUGUCCCAAAGAUGCAACCGUGAUUAAACUCAAUCUUGGGGAUAAAAAUGCUCUGACCAAGGCCCACAACUUGGUGAGACAAAAGUGGGCUACUGGCAAGGCAAAAAUUAAAAGGACCGCCUGCAAAAUGGCCAAAAUGGAAUGGAAUAAGGACCUGGAAAAGAUGGCACUCUUAAAUGCCAAAACAUGUCUUAUGCGGCAUGAUGAGUGUCACAAUACGGAAAAGUUUCGGCUAUCUGGACAGAAUCUAUUCGCCAUGGGAUUUUGGCAUACUGGGAUAAGGAAAACUAAAAUGAAUAUGACGUUAAGCAUGCUCUUCGAGAUGGCAGUUCAAAAGUGGGCAGGCGAGGAAAAGGACAUUACCGCCGAGGACUUAAAGAAAACGCCCCUUAAUCCACCAGAUGUUAUUGGCCACUUGACCGUUUUGAUCAACGAGAAAAGUAAUGCUGUGGGUUGUGGCUUAGUUUCAUAUAAUCUGGGUGAAAUCAGGCGAUACAAUCUGGCCUGUAACUACGCUUAUACAAAUGUUAUUGGCGAGCGUGUUUAUGAAGAAUGCGCCAAGGCAGGCAGUGAGUGCCCAAAGGAAAUUGACUUAAAGUAUCCACCGCUGUGUGCUAAAAUACAAUGA